AUGGAGGAGCUCAGAGUAGAAGACCCACAGUCCUUCGUCAACUACCCCAGGGUGGAGCCUGCCAUGUUUGAUGAGUUGAUCCAGAGAGUGGGGCCAAGGGUAGAGAAGCGGGAUACCAAGAUGAGGAAGGCGCUACCUCCAGGCUUGAAGCUGGCCAUUACUGUGAGGUUCUUGGAUUCAGGGAACACCAUCGGCCUCAUCAUCCCUGCAAAGCCAUUGUGGAGGAAUACAAGGAUGAUCACCUGCCCCACGACUCCUGAAGAAUGGACACCUACUGGUGUGGUCUUCAGAAACAGGUGGAAAGUUCCUUAUGCUGUGGCAAGCAUGUGGCCAUCAGGAAACCUAAAGAGCGGCUCCUCGUACCACAACUACAAGGGCUUCUUCUCUGUGGUCCUCGUGCCCCCUUGUGGAUGGAGACUACAAGUUCCUGUGGGUGGACAUCAGAGCAUAUGGAAGUAUGUCUGA